GCAGUAUUAAAACAACAUGGUAUUGCGUGUACAGCGAGGACUGGCACACACUUGCUAGCCCAAAACCAAGCUCCUCUUCUCUCUCUCCCUCUCAUAAAGAAAGACUAACUUGAGAUCAAACUUCUACUUGGGAACACAGCAGAGAGCAUGGCCUAUCUCUAGAAAUCUCUCCCUCAAACACACAUUGUCUCUCCAAAAGCCCUAUUUAAAUACUCUUUGCCCGCCUAUUUCUCCCAUGCAACUCUUCUCUCCACUACCUCUGAUAUCUACUUCAUCUUCAAACCACCCAUCAUCACUUCUUCCAUAAUAACCUGUCUCUUCUUCACUUUCUUUCUCCACCUUUUCCCUCCUUUUAUACUUCUUCUGAGCCAUCACCUUCUUGAUACCUCACCAGCUUCAGUGUCCUGCCGGGUUUCUUUCUCUUUUCUAAUUAAGCUAUAUAACAGCUUAUACAGUUUUUGACAUAUAAAUUAAGAUGUCUAGCCGAAGAUCGAGAUCAAGACCAUCAUCAGGGAGUUCAAGAAUCACAGAUGAUCAGAUCCUGGAUCUUGUUAGUAAGUUGCAACAGCUUCUUCCUGAGAUUGGCAAUAGGCGUUCGGACAAGGUUUCAGCUGCCAAGGUUUUGCAGGACACAUGCAACUGUAUCAGAAGCUUGCACAGAGAGGUUGAUGAUCUUAGCGAGCGGCUUUCUGAGCUAUUGGCAACUACAGACACUGCCCAGGCUGCCAUAAUUAGGAACUUACUUACCCAAUAGAGCUAAGAAAAUUGCUCGUUUCGCUUUCAUCCUCUUUAAUUAAUUCCUAAUUUGUACUUUUCUAUAUCUUUCUUUCUAGUUUUUUAUCAUCACUAGCUAAAGUACCUACUGAUCAUGAAUAUGUAGUGCUUGUUUAAUAAUUAGAAAAAUCCUUUUCGCAAGCUUUAUCAGGCUGAGGAAUAUACUAAAGAGGGCCUUCCAUUUUGCUGACA